AUGCCAGGAGAUCUAAGGGAACAGGACCUGAGCAAGCACAUGGUAAAAGAUUAUGACACUGAAGAAAAAAAAAGACCGAUAUUGGAAAAGCCAGGUACCCUGCAGAGAAGAACACAUUCACUGAAACCAUGGAUGAUUUUCCUUAUUACUACAGCCAUCGUGUUGGCUCUGGCAAUAAUUGUUGGUCUCCUUGUCUAUUUUUUAGAAUAUGAGCAGACAAUUCACUAUUACCAGGCCUCCCUCCAGAUGCCCAGUAUCGACUACAAUCCAGACUUUUCAGUAGAACACUCAAAAAUUAAGACUGACCUGAAACAAAAAAUCAACAAUGAGAUAGAUAAGAUAUUUCAAAGAUCCAGUCUACACCAUCAUUAUAUCCAGUCUCAUGUUGUCAACUUCAGGCCAAAUAAUCAUGGUUUGAAAGCAAACAUACUGCUUAGAUUUAAGUUUACUUCUAACAAUGCAAACACUAUAAAGAGACAAGCUAAUGAGAUUGUGCAUAACAAUUUGAAAUCCAGUGAGAGCUUCUUGAAGAUAGAUACUUCGUUACCUUAUCUUACAGAAGUAAAUGGAACACAAGCAGAGCAUGUUCUGAACAGCUGUUGUGGUUUAGGGAUGGAGUACCCACCCAUGGAAAGAGUUACUCAUGGCCAGAUUGCCAGUCAAGCUGCGUGGCCAUGGCAAGCCAGCCUGCAGAUGGAUGGCACGCACUUCUGUGGGGCCUCUCUGAUCAGUGCCACCUGGCUGCUCACCGCUGCGCACUGUUUUGACAAUCAGAAAAACCCUAAAAUGUGGAUGGCCAGCUUUGGAACAACCCUGCGUGCUCCACUGGUGAGAAGAAAGGUACAGUCCAUUAUUGUCCACGAAAACUACGCUCCCCAUAAGCAUGAGGACGACAUUGCUGUGGUGAAGCUCGCCACCCCUGUGCUGUUCUCUGAAAACGUGCACAGAGUCUGCCUUCCAAAUGCCACUUUUGAAGUCUUGCCAAAGAGUAAAGUGUUUGUCACUGGAUGGGGAGCACUAAAAGCAAGUGGUCCAUUUCCAAAUACUCUCCGACAAGUGGAAGUGGAGGUCCUAAGUAGUGAUGUGUGUAAUCGGGUGUAUGUAUACGGUGGUGCUGUGUCAUCAGGAAUGAUAUGCGCUGGAUUCCUGGCAGGAGAACGAGAUGCCUGUGAGGGUGAUUCUGGAGGACCUCUAGUCAUUGCACAAGAUCAAAACAUCUGGUAUCUUAUUGGAAUAGUAAGCUGGGGAAUAGGCUGUGGAAAAGAAAACAAGCCUGGACUUUAUACCAAAGUGACUCAUUAUCGGGACUGGAUUAAAUCUAAAGCUAACAUUUAA